AUGUUAGAUGGUUUAGAUGAAGAAGACGACUUAGAAGAAGGUGGUCAAGCAACAGAGAAGAAAAGGCAUUUAUCUAUGCAUCAAGUUAAGGCUUUAGAGAAGAAUUUCGAUGUGGGAAACAAGUUAGAACCAGAGAGAAAAGUGAAGUUAACUGAAGAAUUGGGGUUACAGCCAAGGCAAGUGGCUAUUUGGUUCCAAAACCGACGUGCUCGUUGGAAGACCAAGGUGUUGGAGAAAGAUUAUGCAAUGCUUAAAGCUAAUAGAGAGAAGGAACCUCCUAGAAAUUGUUCAGAUUGCUUGCAUUGCCCCUCAGACAAUAGACAAUUAAGUGGCGAUGACUGUCCCUUGCAUGUGCUUGGUGGUGAAGGGUCUCAAGACGGGCUACCAAAGAACUGGAUUCAGAGAAAAAUCAAGAAGUCGAUGAGAAGAAAAUUUGGAUUGUUUGUCGGAGGGAGGGACGGAUGA